CAAAUACCAAAUCAAACGAGUUCCCCAAUGUUUUUCCGCUAGGGUUCACUAUUUCAAGCCUACUUCAAUUCCAAAUUAGAUUAGGCUUCCACCAUUACUUUCGGCCUACUUACUUGGUUAAUCCCUUGGUCCCUUGAUAAGUAUGUCUGAUUGUUCUAGUUCAUCAUAUGAGUCGAAGAAGAGGUAUCUUUGUGGUCUUAUUGCCCGCCAUUUUAUGGCAUAUACUUCUGAAAAUGCGGGUCGGCGCUUUUUUAAGUGCCCAAAGCCUAAGAAGAAAUCAUGUGGUUAUUGGGAGUGGCAGGAUGAUGUAUUACCCCCAAGAGUUGUGAUUUUGAUUAGUAGUCCUAAAAGAAAAUUGGAAGCUGCUAAAAUGCAAAGAGAUAUUUUGAAGAAGAAGAUGGCCGAUUAUGAUAUUGCUGCUGGCGUAAAGGCUCAAGCUAUAGCAAAAUUGAGCGAAAAAGUUGUUGAAAGAAAUAUUUUGAAGAAGAAGCUUGUUGAUGCUGAGUUUGCUACUGCUAUUGAUGUCGGAAAUAUUGCAACAUUGAGCAAAACCGUUGCCCAUCAGUGGAUGUUAAUUCGUGUCUUAUGUGGAUGAUUGGUUGGAUUCGUUGCAUUAUGGUUGUUGUUGUGAAGUAUGAAUUUAGGAUAUAAUUGUAGUUAAUCCAUGUAAUG